AUGGGAAAGCGCGAGCAGGCCAGUGACUCGGCCUCCCUAAUAGUGUCAGAGGCAGAGGAUCCCAGGAGAGAGUGGGGAGCCAGCCAGGCAGACACAGCCAAGCGUCAUGGCCAUCCGGCGCGAGGACAUCGACGUGUGGGAGAGACGGGCGCCCCUAGCUCCACGCCACGUCAAGGAGAUCGUCCAUGCUGGACACACGGUCCUCGUCCAGCCCUCCAACAGAAGAGCCAUCCACGAGAAUCGGGGGCCAUCAUUUCCGAGGACAUUUCCGAGGCCUCGUUGAUCAUUGGGGUCAAGAGGCCUCCGGAAGAGAGAAUCUAUCCCAGAAAGACCUACGCUUUCUUCUCUCACACCAUCACACAGGAAGCUAACAUGGGACUACUGGAUGACCUGCUCAAAAAGGAAGUGCGUCUCAUCGACUAUGAGAAGAUGGUGGAUGCCAACGGCUUCCGUAUUGUGGCAUUCAGACAGUGGGCUGGUGUUGCAGGAAUGAUAAAUAUUUUGCACGGUUUGGGACUUCGUUUUCUGGCAUUGGGACACCACACUCCUUUUAUGCUCAUCGGCAUGGCCCAGAACUACAGGAAUGUCAGCCAGGCCAUCCAGGCAGUGCGGGAUUGUGGGUAUGAGAUCUCCAUGGGCCUCAUGCCCAGGUCUAACGGCCCGCUGACGUUUGUCUUUACUGGCACAGGCAACGUCUCCAAGGGUGCACAAUAUAUGAUCAAUGAGCUUCCUGUACAAUAUGUGGAGCCUCACAAACUAAAACACGUGUCUCAAACUGGGGACAUGUCCCGAGUGUACGCCACCGUUCUGAGUCGUCACCACCACCUGAUUAGGAAAAGCGAUGGUGUUUACGAUUCCCUGGAGUACGAGUAUCACCCGAAAAUGUACACAUCACACUUCAGAACCAGCGUUGCGCCUUACACCACUUGCCUAAUCAACGGCAUCUACUGGGACCCUCAGACGCCACGGCUCCUGAGGCGGCUGGAUGCCCAGAGGCUCCUGAGGCACGUCAAGCCCUCAGCCGCUGCUACCGAGGGAUGGCCAGAGCUACCCCACAAUUGCCAGCGAUGGCCACUUGGAAUGGUAAUUCUGUUCUUUGCUGAAUUAAUAUGUGCUUCCCGGCUCUGUCUUACUCAGCUGCUCUCGGAUGCCACCAGGCCCGUUGAAGAAGAGGACUUCUCACCUCAAGUCAGAGAUGCUGUGAUAACGUCAAACGGAAAGCUUACUCCAAAGUUUGAAUACAUUGAAGAACUUCGUGAACGUAGUGAGCAAGCAAAGAUCAUGAAGAAGAGUGGAAUGAAACGAGUGCUACUACUGGGCUCAGGUUAUGUGUCGGGCCCUGUCAUCGAGUACCUCACCCGGGACAUAGGGACUCAAGUCACUGUAGCAUCAGUGUUGUUGACCCAGGGAGAGGAGUUGGCAGGGAAAUACCCCAACACCAUCCCAGUCAUGCUGGAUGUCACCAGUCAGGAGGGCCAGUUGGAGUCCCUGGUCAAAGACCAUGACUUAGUCAUUAGUAUGCUGCCGUAUGGGUAUCACCCUGUGAUCGCCAAGCACUGCAUCAACAAGAAGGUGAACAUGGUGACUGCCAGCUACCUGAGUCCAGCCAUGAAGGACCUCCAACAGAGUGCUGAGGAAGCUGGCAUCACCAUAGUAAAUGAGAUGGGCCUGGACCCUGGCAUCGACCACAUGCUGGCUAUGGAGUGCAUCGACCAAGCCAAGGCGGACGGCUGCACUAUUGAGUCAUACAGUUCAUUCUGUGGUGGACUCCCUGCACCAGAGUGCUCAGACAAUCCUCUGCGCUACAAAUUCAGCUGGAGUCCUUACGGAGUCCUCCUCAAUACCAUCAGCCCUGCCAUCUUCCUCAAGGACAACAAGGUGGUGAGCAUCCCAGCGGGCGGAACUCUGAUGGAGUCUACGGCUCCCAUGGACUUCAUGCCUGGCUUCAACCUGGAGGGCUUCCCCAACCGCGACAGCACCAAAUACGCUGAGCAAUACGGCAUUGAGUCGGCCCACACACUCAUCAGAGGAACACUCCGCUUCAAGGGUUUCUCCAAGGCCAUGAGUGGCUUUGUGAAGUUGGGUCUGAUCAACACUGACCCCUGCCCCAUGGUAGAGCAUACCUCUGCUCCUGUCUCCUGGAAAGAGAUGCUGUGUAUACAGAUGGGCUUGCCCCUGUCUACCAAUGACGAGGCAUUUGAGGGAGCAGUCUAUGACCGCAUCGGCCAAGACGACUUCAAGAUGGAGACACUCAAAUGGUUUGGGAUGCUGAGUAAGGAGGCCGUCCCCCAUGCAGACACCAUGCUGGCUUCGCUGGCUAAGCACUUAGAGGCCAGGCUCUCCUUUGAUAAAGGCGAGCGGGACAUGAUCAUCAUGAGGAAUGACGUGGGCCUGCGCCACUCCACAGGCGAGCUUGAGACCAAGCACAUCAGCCUGGUGGUCUACGGGGACCCCGACGGCCACUCUGCUAUGGCCAAGACCGUGGGCUACCCCGCUGCCAUCGCUGCUCGCAUGGUGCUGGAUGGAGAAAUCAGUACAAAGGGACUGGUGGUGCCAAUGACUAAGGACAUCUAUGGACCGGCUCUGAAGAGACUGCAAGAGGAGGGCUUACAGUUCACUUCAAAAAGCACCAUCCAAGAGUAGUAACUCAUGUUACUUGUCUCAAUAGUGUAUAUUGACUUCCUUUCCUGGUGUCCUCUCCUUCAUCUACACUGAUCCAAAAAAGACCACACAGAUGAAGAAAUACAAUUCUAUUCUUCAAUUCAGUUGAAUUAUUUCAGUACAGUGCAGAUAAAGGAAAGGAGAUGAGGAAACGAGCUAGUUUAAACAAUUGAGAAAUAGUCGUAGACUCAACACCAAGACCGAUGGGAAAUACAGCCAAUCAGUAGCUGUGUACCAAGGCACAGAGAAACCAGUUGCAUCUCCAUAGUCCCAAGUUACUUCCUCUGUUUAUCACCAUCCCUUCAUCUGUGCUGAUCUGAAAAGGCAGGGUGGUGAAGGCAAUAUGGUAGAAAUCUCAGGAGGACAGGAGACAAGGAGAGGAAGCCUCAUUAGGCUAUUGAGUGAUGCACCCUGACUUUCUGCUUGUUUCAAAGGCAUUUCCUCAGAGCAUUGCCUGACCUCAACCAAUUUAUUGUUUCAACAUGUGGCAAAUAGAACAGUUAUGUUGCAGGUGAACAGUUUCCAAGCAACUGGGUUCUUUAAGGCUGUACAAUUCUUGACAUGGAGAACCACAAAACUUGCAGAGUGUCGUUAUUAUAACAUGAUGUGACAAUCCGAUAAUCUUUGCAGACCUGCUCACCCAAAGGGUCUUUCCUUGACCAGCUGCUGCACAGUUCCACAGGUUUUUACAUAUUGAUGUGGUUAUCUGAUCAUUGUUGAUGAUAACACUCAGACAAUCAAGAUGCUAGAAAUAUCAGUGAAUGUGUACAGUGCCUGCUCAAAAACAGACCAGUGAGUAAGUUGCAAGUGAAUAAUGUAUCUCACCACUGUCAUAUAAUACUAGCCUCGGCAACUUACUCAGAAGAACAUGUAGUUGUAGUAACUCAAGAGCCUCUGAACACUUUUUAAACGUACUGUAGGUUAAAGAAGGAUUUCUAAGCUUUGAGACAAUUGAGACAUGGAUUGUGUAUGUGUGCCAUUCAGAGGGUGAAUGGGCAAGACAACAGAUUUAAGUGCCUUUGAAUGUGGUAUGGUAGUAGGUGUAUAAUCUGGACAUAAAUGGUUUGCUUCAGAUACAUAAAUAGAUUCAGAUAUUUGAUCUUUAAAUAAGAGUCAACAUAAAUAAAUCGGUUUUGCUCUUAAAUAUAUCUGCACACUAUUUAGGAGUUGUACACAAAUACAGUAGGUCAAUUUCAAACUAUUGCCCCAAAAGUAGCCAUGGUAGGUUUUUGGGGGGUUUCUGUAUGAUGAGCUAAUGGUUGACCGGUGACGCAGGUCAUUGUGUAAAUUUUUUAAAACAAAAGUAUGUGGACACAUGCUCUUCAAACAUCUCAUUCCAAAAUCUGCCUAUGUUUGUCUAUGAAGAUUG